AUGGAAGAAAACUACGACGUCAUAGUCCUCGGUACAGGGCUAACAGAAUGUAUUCUCUCAGGUCUUCUUUCUAUCGAUGGCAAGAAAGUCUUACAUAUCGAUCGACAAGAAUACUAUGGUGGAGAGAGUGCUUCAUUAAACUUGACCCAGCUAUACUCCAAAUUCAAGCCUUCUAAGCCAUACCAGGGCCAGUUUGGUAAGGAUCGUGAUUGGUUGAUUGAUUUGAUUCCCAAAUUUCUUAUGUCCAACGGAGAAUUGACCAACAUUCUCGUUCAUACCGACGUCACCAGGUACAUGGAGUUCAAGCAGGUGUCCGGAUCAUUUGUCUACCGGGACGGUCGGAUUGCCAAAGUUCCGGCCACUACUGUUGAGGCCAUUUCGUCUCCUCUAAUGGGCUUUUUUGAGAAAAGAAGGAUGAGUAACUUUCUUCAAUUCAUUGUCGAUUAUACUGAGGAUGAUAUCUCUACCCAUCACUCUAUCGACUUGGAUAAGCAGACUAUGCAUGAGAUUUAUACUCACUACGGUCUCCAGAAGGGAACCUGUGACUUUAUUGGUCACGCAAUGGCUCUCCAUCACAAUGAUGACUAUUUAAUUAAGCCUGCUAGAGAUACCUAUGAUCGAAUCAUCUUAUAUCUCACUUCAGUCGCAAGAUACGGUAAAUCUCCUUAUAUCUAUCCACUUUAUGGAUUAGGUGAGCUUCCUCAAGGUUUUGCCAGAUUGUCUGCUAUUUAUGGAGGUACUUUUAUGCUUGAUACUCCUAUUGACGAACUUCUUUGGAACGGGCAGGGUCAAUUUGUUGGUGUUAAGACUAAAGAAGGUGUUGCUAAAGCUCCAAUUUGCAUUGCAGACCCUACAUACUUCCCUGAAAAGGUCACCGCUACUGGACAGAAGGUAAUUAGAGCGAUGUGUAUCUUGGAUCAUCCAAUUCCAAAUACAGGAGAUGCAGAUUCAGCCCAGAUUAUCAUUCCACAGAACCAGGUGGGUCGUAAAAAUGAUAUCUACAUUGCAGUGAUUUCCAGUGCUCACAAUAUUUGUGCUAAGGGUUACUAUGUGGCUAUUAUUUCCACGAUCAUCGAGACAACUAAGCCACAUUUGGAGCUUGAGCCUGCUUUUAAAGUCAUUGGUCCUACCAAAGAUGUUCUCAUGGGUAUUGCUGAAAUUUAUCGUCCUAUUGAGGAUGGUUCAAAGGAUCAUGUAUAUAUCUCAAAGUCGUAUGAUCCUUCAUCUCAUUUCGAGUCUACUACCGAUGACGUUAAGGAGAUCUAUGAGAGAGUUACCGGUCAUUCUUUGGUAUUGAAGCAGAGAAAGACUGCUGAAGAGGAGGCUGACUUGGCAGGAUUAGAUUAA